UGCAUGCGUACAUGCGUCCCAAAAACUCCCAACACAAAAAUUGAAUUCUCAAGCUAGCUGGUUCCUAUAUAUGAACAAAAACCCUCUACAUUUCUGACAAGCCGUGAAAGAGAAACAUUGAAUCUAUCACCUCGAAGAGUAGAUCAAAGUGUCAAUGGGGAGCUCGGCGAAGGCUCUCCUCGCCGCCGUCGCUUUUUUGUUGGCGGUGCUGGAGCUCGGGCUUGUCGGCGCCAACUUCCAGGACCAGUGCGACAUCACGUGGGAGCCGCAGAACGCCAAGAUGGACGAGGGCGGCAACCACCUCACGCUUUCCCUCGUCAGCAACUCCUCGGGCUCUAUGCUCCGGACCAAGAAGCAGUUCAUCUACGGCAGCGUCUCCACGCUGAUCAAGCUGGUCAAGGGCAACUCUGCCGGCACAGUCACCACCUACUACACGUCGUCCAUCGGCGACAACCACGACGAGAUCGACUUCGAGUUCCUGGGCAACGAGACCGGCCAGCCUUAUACCUUCCACACCAACGUCUUCGCCGACGGCGUGGGCCAGAAGGAGAUGCAGUUCCGCCCCUGGUUCGACCCCACCACCGGCUUCCACAACUACACCAUCUUCUGGAACCCCUGCAUGAUCGUGUGGUUCGUGGACAGCAUCCCGAUCCGCGUGUUCCGGAACUACGCCAGCAAGGGCGUGCCGUUCCCGACGCGGCGGCCGAUGUACGCCUUCUCCAGCAUCUGGGCGGCAGAGGACUGGGCCACACAGGGCGGCCGCAUCAAGACGGACUGGAGCAAGGCGCCCUUCAUCGCCGAGUACCGCGGCAUCAACCUCCGCAUCUGCGAGUGCGACAGCGCCGGCGCGUGCGCCGGGAGCUGCGCGUCCUCCAACAACUGGUACGCCGCGACGGAGCUAUGCCAGCUGAGGAAGGAGCAGGUGAAGCAGAUGCGCGCCGUGCAGCUGGGGUACACCAUCUACGACUACUGCGCCGACGGCAAGAGGUACAAUGGCACGGUGCCCCCCGAGUGCAACAUGUCGCAGUACUGAUGGAUCUAUUCUUUUUUUUUUUUUUGCCCCCUCGAUGUAUACUCCAUUCUUUUUUUCCCUUUCUUGUUGAAUUUGAGGUGCAUGCAUUUUGCUUCGAAUUAAUCUGCAAAUGGUCAUUCUCUUCUGUAAUAACUUGGUGUGUAUAAACAGUUCAAAAAUUUUCGUGUUUGUUUUUGG